UCAGGUCGUCCGCACCGGUGUAUUCGUCUGUGAGCUUUCGAAGGGGAUUCACGCGGUACCCCGGCAAUUUUCGUCGUCGCAGCAAGCCAGCCUGCCUCAGGACCCUUUGCCCUUUAAUAAAGUAUACAGUAAAAAGAAAAGAAAUCCGUCGCGAGUUCGAGGUAAAAUGUGAAAUAGAAAGGUUAGAGGGAUCGCAGGGCCCGUUUCUCUUUUUCGUGGGUGUAGAUUUUUCUCCACCGUUUGACUUAUCGCGGUAUAUAAUCAGUGUAUGUGAAUAUCGUAAGUUGCCAAAAAGUUUGCCUAAAUUAUACGACCGAUAAGUGCAGUUCGUGCAGAGUAUCGUGAUGGUUUGGAGGGGGUGAAUUUUUCAACCUAUAACCGCUCGUUCGUUUCGGGUUUUUCUACGAGAAGCGGCGAGCUUGAAACACCAAGUCAGGAUGUACACGGUGGGCUUGCACUCGGCGCUGGCGAUCAAGCGUCAGCGCAAGCGUCGGGACGAGCAGCGUCGCGCCCGCGAGCGCCGUUACAGCGCCCAGAGCGGCGAGAGCGGUUUGACGUCACCGAGAGCAUCGACCGGCUCGCUGGACCACCACCCCCGUCACCACCACGCGGCCCAGGUUCACCGAGCCGCGGGGGAGGGGGUGCUCGACUCGAAGGUGGUGACGUCCGUGGGCAUGCUCCACAUCGGUGUCGUCUUCCUGGUCCUCGGGGCCUUCCUCUUGGCCAGCGGCCUACUGCCGGGCGACAUGGCCAGCUGGAGUUCGAAAUCGAGCGGCGGUUGGUGGAACGAGCUAGUGGCGACGGGGAUAUUCGCCUCGGUGAUGGGCAUCUUCCUGAUCGUAUUGAACAAGGUGAUAGCGAAGAAGGAGGAGGACGACCUGGAGGAGUACGUCCAGCGACAGCUGACAAGGUCGAGGUCCGGACACCGUUUGGAACGCGACGUCGAGACCGGCGGCCUCACCACUCGACACGCGAGGCGCGCCAAGCAGCUCAAGGCCGUCGUCUCCUCCGGCACCCUCUCCGUCGACGAGACGGAGCCCAACGUCGACGGAUCGCCUCCGCGAAGCCCACCGCCCGCGUACUCGCCGCCACCGGCAUCCGCGGCCGAUCCUCAACCGCAACCGGCGCAUCUUCUCGAGCAGAUAACCGAGGAGGACGGGAACAACGACAGGAUCGAGACGUCGACGACCCCCAGCCUCAGUCCGGGCUCGCCGUGCGAUACCAGAGAGCUUAUACACCCCGACGCUACGUUCUGCAACCUCAACGGAAACCAUCCUCAGGCUCACAGGCCGCUUUACGUUCACGUCUCGAGGAUCUGAAUUAAUCGGAUUUUGCGAUUGUUGUAAGGGGGGGGUGUUUGCAGGUACCCGUUAUCGGGGAUGGUUUUAUGCGGCAGUUUUUUUGUUUUUGUUCUUCUUUUUUUUUCUACUUCAUACAUACAUCGUCGAUAUCAAUGCCUGUACUAACUACGUCGAACACUUGUCGAGUAUCCCGUGUGUUUAUCAUUGUUGGUUAUAUCUACUUACUGCAGCCGUUUUCGUAUUGGGUGUAUAUUUCUUUUUAGAGGCUGCAGUUGAGACUUUUUUGGUCGCGUGAAAAACUGGGGUCGGGAUCGGUUUAAAAGGUUUUAGAAAGCUCGUUGGGGGUGAUGAAUAACCGUUUGAAUAAUCUACAACAAUGCUGUUUGGGCCAAUGAUGGCGAAUUUGAUCUGAGCAAGUUUGAAUAACGGAAACUGUGAAAUGUAUGAACAGUUUGAGAAUAUAGUGUUUGGAAUUAGAACCUUCAAAAUGAAUCUACUUCAUGGUAGUUUUGAUACGAUUUUAAUCCUUCUGGUCUUGUAUCGCGCGAUUCUCUGAACAAAAAACGAGAAAUUUCACGAUAUGACAUUGUUGCGAGACGGAAUUGUGAACGUUGACGAACAUCCGUGAGAACGUAUUUACACAAAUUUAUUUUUAUCCAUUUUUAUCAACCUUAAAGCCGUCUGAAA